UUAACAACUGAGAAUCUAAUACACUUUAUUUGUCACGUAAGUUUCAAACUGAAAAUCGCCGUGGUUGCCGUGCCAGAGAUCAUGGCCUCCGGCGGCAUCUUGACCGGAGCAGUAACUUCUUAUAAAGCAAGUGAGAGGAUCGCCGUUGAUUAAUUAAUUGAAUUCUUAGCUGCUAGUAUUCACAAAAGGUUUGAAAUUCGAAGGUUAUUUCUAUUCACUUAAUGUUAUUCAACUGUAUAGAUAUAUCUAUGUGUAUAGUUCAACUCUGUGCUGAAUUGAUGAAUGCUUCGGAGUUGCUAUAUUCGAUGCUCGAUGCAGGAAGUGAAUGUUUAUCUUGAGAUGAUUUGGUACCUUUCUUGUGGCUGUCUAUUAUGUUUAAAAUGAAAUAAUGUUUGUUUCGCUUUCAGAUUGCCGCACGUGUGUGUAUUCGAAUGUUACUAUUACUACUUGCUCUUUGUUUUAAGCUCAAUCAUUUUGUUCAUCGUUGGUGAGUGGUGACUUCAUAGCAUGGAAUCAGUUUGAAGCAAAAGUUGAAACAGGUUUUAGAUUGUGAAAGUUGUUUUCUAUUAGAGAUGAAGCUUGUAAUUAGUAGUGACUAGUGAGCCUAUAGCUUAUGUAAUCAUCUUGUAAUUGCCACUCCACUUUCCUCUCCUCUGAAAUCAUGUUUACUAACAUUUUCUUUUCAUUUUUUCUCAAAUGAGUGUUGUAUUGAUUAACUCGUCAAUAUCUUCUCUUGUUGAGGUCACAUGGAAUCUUAUACAUGUGUGUAUAAUCGAAUUAAUUUUGAUCCAUUAAGUAUUAAUUAGAUGGUCCAUUAGAUUUGAAACUAAAGAAGGAUGAAUUGGUAUCCAUCCAUUUAUUUAUAUGAUUCAUUCAAUUCAAUUCGAAUCUUUCUUUAUUUUAACAAAGUGAAUGAGUUGGAUUGGAUUUUACAUGGAUGGACUAAUGGAUCACGGAUAAAUAGCUUAUUUUCUCACCCCUACUAAUUAUGUUGCUUUGUUUGUUACCCAUUCUGUAGUCCAGUGGCUUGACAGUUGAUUGAUUCAUUUUAUCUAUCUUAAAUUUGCAGCAACUUCUUAAAAACUGAAAAAAAUAAAUGAAACUGAAAACCAUCCCAAACAGGGCCUAAGUUUUCCAUAAAUAAGGAUUUGGGUUCUUAUAUAAUUUUGCUUGGCAAGGUUGCUCUCUUAUAUAUGCUUUACAUGAUAGGAUGCUUUACAAGAUUCAUUGUCUCCCCUAGUUUCUGCACAGCACACUGGUGGUGAGAAUUUAACCCUUCGUAUUUUGGGAGGUGAGAGUAUAUGAUGAAGUUCAACCAUUUCAUCUUAAAAAUAACAAGUAAUUGCUAAACUUGAAGGUUCUACUGUCAGUGAGCAAUGCGAUUUAUAGUUAUUAAGGUUUUAGCUUGAUUGAUUCAAUCUUUGUAUUUUAUUUUGUUGGAUUUUUCAUUUUUAAAAAAGGCCACACCAGUGACAAGUAUUUCCAAACUCAUGCAUGCAACUCUUGAUGAACCUUGGUAUGAACUUUCUAUGGAGCUUGUAUGGCUUUGAACCAAUAUCGUGUUAUUCAUUUUAGUGUGUGAAUAUUUCUUCUACACGAGAUCAUGACAACGUUUUUAAUUUACUAUUAUGUUCUUGGUCCUCAACUGAGGUUUUUUAUGUGAUUUGGUAGGGAUAUGAACCGCCAUCAAUUGAUUCAGAUCAAUUGUCUCCCAUGUUUUUAGGUUGUUUAUUUUUUGUUCUAGUAGCCAGAAACAAUAUUGGCUGAGGCCUGAGAGGUUGAUGACUUGAUGCAAACUAUAGCAAUCAUUUUUUCUGUUGCUAAUAGCAUGAAUGCUACCCACUAUACUAACUAGUAAUUUUUCUUUGUAGCUACAUCUAAUCCCAGGAGUAAAGUGCUAUGUUACCUCUAUUAAGAAUAUUUUAUAGAAGUAUGCUUAGUUACCUGAUAUCAGAGAAAGAGUUCUCCAAUUGGAGCAUCUACAAUGUGCAAGAGAUGUGAUUGCUAAACGGGAGAAAUUUACUUCAGGGCUUGUACUAGAUAAGCCAAAAGGCUAUGAUUUUAACAUUUGAACAAACGAAAAAUUCCAUGCCUUAUAUUAUUUGUUUUUCAUUGGUUUAUAAUUGCAAUGACUUCAUUCGGUUUGUCCCUUUCCAAUGUCACUCUAGUCUCUCCACAGCGAUGUUGCAUAAAUAUUUUGUAGUCUCCUAUGCGUCUUUAUUUCUCUAAAGUCUAAACCUUGUUUAUAUACUUAGUGAUCCUAUGAUUUUUAUUAUUAUUUUAUUUUUGUGGCCUUGUAUAUUGUCCCUAUUUGGUGUUGAAGUAGCAACUCUCCAAAAGUUUAAACUUCUAUUUAGAGGCUUAAGAUUGGUUGUAUGCCUUGAAGUGCGAAGAAUUGUUUUGCCUUGUGUUGAAAUCCAAUUCAUAUAGAAGAAUGGGGUGGUAAGUGUUGAACUCAUAACCACUUGGUCAUUGAGCAUUUGAGAAGAUUUCAAGGACUAUCUCUUCAGAUUCCAGAAUGCUUAAGCUGUUAGGUGGAGUCUGUUUAAUUAUAUAUCUUAAGUCUUUAGGUGGAAUCUGUUUUAUAUCUUUUUGGGCUUAGCUGGUCAAGAAGCAUUACGAGAGGAGGAAUUGUGAAGGAGAAAAGUAAGUCAAAGGGAAGAACAUUUUCGUAGAAUGCAAAUCACUCAGAAGCAACUAGUGCUGACAAGGAAUUGGGAUAAUUCAAUGGGAUCUUCCAAUGAAGGAUCUUCUUCUUCCACCCUAACCUCCGGAAGGUCAUGGUCCAACCAUGUUUUCUUGAGUUUUCGGGGUGAUGACACACGCAAAGGUUUCACUGGCCAUCUUUUUGCUUCCCUAGAGAGAAGGGGGAUCAAAACAUUCAAGGAUGAUCAUGAUCUUCAGAGGGGGAAAUUGAUAUCAGUGGAACUCAUGAAAGCCAUUGAAGGGUCCAUGCUUGCACUUAUCAUUCUCUCACCAAACUAUGCCUCCUCAACAUGGUGUUUGGAUGAGCUCAAAAAGAUUCUAGAGUGCAAGAAAGAAGUUUUUCCAAUCUUCCAUGGUGUAGACCCCUCUGAUGUGAGGCAUCAGAGAGGAAGCUUUGCAAAGGCUUUCAGUGAACAUGAAGAGAAAUUCAGAGAAGACAAGAAGAAGUUGGAAAGAUGGAGACAUGCCUUGAGAGAAGUUGCAAGCUACUCUGGUUGGGACUCCAAGGAACAGCAUGAGGCAACAUUGAUUGAAACAAUUGUUGGACACAUACAGAAAAAAAUAAUUCCCAGGUUGCCAUGUUGCACAGAUAACCUUGUUGGGAUUGAUUCACGGAUGAAGGAAGUGUAUUCACUCAUGGGCAUAAGUUUAAAUGAUGUUCGCUUCAUAGGACUAUGGGGCAUGGGAGGCAUAGGUAAGACAACCAUUGCUAGAUUUGUCUACGAAGCAAUCAAAGGGGAUUUCAAUGUUAGUUGCUUUCUUGAAAACAUUAGAGAGGUGUCUAAGACAAAUGGCUUAGUUCACAUUCAAAAGGAACUUCUUUUUCAUCUUAAUGUAAGAAGCAGUGAUUUUUAUAAUCUUCAUGAUGGGAAAAAUAUAAUAGCAAAUUCUUUAAGCAACAAAAAGAUUCUUCUUGUUCUUGAUGAUGUAAGUGAGUUAAGCCAACUGGAGAAUUUGGCUGGAAAGCAAGAAUGGUUUGGUUCAGGGAGUAGAGUAAUAAUCACAACUAGAGAUAAGCACCUGCUAAAGACGCAUGGAGUGCAUCUGACUUGUAAGGCUAAAGGCUUAGCCCAAAAUGAAGCCCUGAAGCUCUUUUGUUUGAAAGCAUUUAAGCAAGAUCAACCUAAAGAAGAGUAUCUGAAUUUGUGCAAAGAAGUGGUUGAAUAUGCAAGAGGUCUUCCAUUGGCACUUGAGGUAUUGGGUUCCCAUCUUUAUGGAAGAACCGUUGAGGUUUGGCAUAGUGCUUUAGAACAAAUAAGAAGUUUUCCGCACUCCAAAAUCCAAGACACACUGAAAAUUAGUUAUGAUAGUUUACAACCUCCGUAUCAGAAAAUGUUUUUAGAUAUUGCCUGUUUCUUCAAAGGGAUGGACAUAGAUGAAGUGAAAAAUAUCUUAAAAAACUGCGGUUAUCAUCCCGAAAUUGGAAUUGACAUUUUGAUCGAAAGAUGUUUGGUAACUCUGGAUAGGAUGAAGAAGUUGGGGAUGCAUGAUUUGCUACAAGAAAUGGGAAGGAAUAUUGUAUUUCAAGAAUCUCCAAAUGAUCCAGGCAAACGUAGUAGAUUGUGGUCUCAAAAAGACAUUGAUUAUGUGUUGACAAAAAACAAGGGAACUGAUGAAAUUCAAGGCAUAGUUCUGAACUUAGUUCAACCGUGUGAUUAUGAAGGACGCUGGAGCACUGAAGCCUUCUCCAAGACAAGUCAACUCAAGUUACUCAUGUUAUGUGAUAUGCAGCUUCCCCGUGGCCUCAACUGCCUUCCUAGUUCACUGAAAGUUCUUCACUGGAGAGGAUGUCCUUUGAAAACCCUGCCACUUAAUAAUAAACUAGAUGAAGUUGUUGACCUCAAAUUGCCUCAUAGCCGAAUAGAACAACUUUGGCGUGGGACAAAGCUUCUGGAAAAGCUAAAGUCCAUCAACUUGAGCUUUUCCAAGAACCUAAAGCAGUCCCCGGACUUUGGUGGGGCUCCAAAUCUUGAAUCAUUGGUUCUAGAAGGUUGCACAAGUUUGACUGAAGUUCAUCCAUCCCUUGUACGCCAUAAGAAACUUGCUAUGAUGAAUUUAAAAGACUGUAAAAGGCUCAAAACUCUUCCAAGUAAAAUGGAGAUGAGUUCCUUGAAAGAUUUAAACCUUUCUGGUUGCUCUGAAUUUAAAUAUCUUCCAGAGUUUGGGGAAAGCAUGGAACAUUUGUCAGUGCUUUCUUUAGAGGGGACUGCUAUAGCAAAACUACCCUCUUCACUGGGAUGUCUAGUUGGCCUUGCUCAUUUGUAUUUGAAGAAUUGCAAAAAUCUUGUUUGCCUUCCAGAUACCUUUCAUAACUUAAACUCCCUCAUAGUUCUGAAUGUUUCUGGCUGCUCAAAACUUGGUUGCUUACCAGAGGGUUUAAAGGAAAUCAAGUCUUUGGAGGAACUUGAUGCAAGUGGAACUGCUAUUCAAGAGCUACCUUCAUCUGUCUUUUAUUUGGAAAACCUAAAAAGUAUCUCAUUUGCUGGGUGCAAAAAGCCAGUAUCUAACUCAGUAAGUGGAUUUCUUCUCCCCUUUCAGUGGGUAUUUGGGAAUCAACAAACUCCUACUGCAUUUAGAUUACCACCUUCUAAACUGAAUCUACCCUCUUUGAUGAGAAUAAAUUUAAGUUACUGCAAUCUAUCUGAAGAGUCAUUCCCAGAUGGUUUUCGUCACUUAUCUUCAUUGCAGUUUCUAGAUCUCACUGGCAACAAUUUUGUUACCCUACCAAGUUGCAUUUCGAACCUCACAAAGCUUGAAAUUCUUCUCCUAAACUUGUGCAAAAAACUUAAAAGGUUGCCAGAGCUCCCUUCAAGAAUGAAACAUUUGGAUGCAAGCAAUUGCACUUCAUUGGAAACUUCCAAAUUCAAUCCAUCCAAGCCAUGCAGUCUCUUUGCAUCAUCACCUUCAAAUUUUCAUUUUUCGAGAGAAUUGAUACGCUAUCUUGAGGAACUCCCUCUUCCCAGAACAAGAUUUGAGAUGUUAAUCCCAGGGAGUGAAAUUCCAUCAUGGUUUGUCCCUCAAAAAUGUGUUUCAUUAGCUAAAAUACCAGUCCCUCAUAAUUGCCCUGUAAAUGAAUGGGUGGGAUUUGCUCUGUGCUUCCUAUUAGUAAGUUAUGCAAAUCCUCCUGAGGCGUGCCAUCAUGAAGUUGAGUGCUACUUGUUUGGACCUAAUGGUAAGACGAUUAUCAGUUCCAGGAAUUUACCUCCCAUGGAGCUAGAUUGCCCUCACCUUUAUAUUCUCUACUUGUCCAUUGAUAAAUACCGUGACAUGAUUUGUGAAGGUGUUGUCGGCAGUGAAAUUGAAUUUGUAUUGAAAAGUUAUUGUUGCCAAUCAUUGGAAAUAGUGAGGUGCGGAUGUCGUUUGGUAUGUAAGCAAGAUGUUGAAGAUAUUUAUGAAAAUAGUAUCAUUUCUUCUAGUGAAGAGAUCGGAGUGGCCAGUGAGAAGGUGCGAAUUAUCUAAAAACUUGUCAUGUAAUUACGUAUGUCUUGUUAUUUGUAUAGAAACUUCUCAUUCUCCAUAUUUGCAGUUUGAACUCAACCCUUUUGCAUGUUUUAUUGAGAUGAUCCGUGCUAAUGUGAAUCAAGAUAUUAAAGUAA